AAUGUCUAGCUCAGCAAAAGCUCUGGAACCUGCUUUCAGGGGAGCGGGUCAGAAAAUAGGAACUGAGACCUGGAGGAUUGAGAACUUUCAACCAGUUCCUUUACCAAAAUCUGAUUAUGGUAAAUUCUACUCGGGAGAUUCUUAUAUUAUUCUUCAGACAAGUCCUGGUAAGGGAGGUGCUUAUCUUUAUGACAUUCACUUCUGGCUCGGAAAGGAUACUAGUCAGGACGAAGCAGGGACUGCAGCUAUCAAAACUGUUGAACUUGAUGCCGUUCUUGGUGGUCGUGCCGUGCAGUAUAGAGAGCUACAAGGCCAUGAAUCUGACAAAUUCCUGUCAUAUUUUAAACCAUGCAUCAUACCACUGGAAGGUGGCAUUGCAUCUGGGUUCAAGAAACCUGAAGAAGAAGAAUUUGAAACACGGUUAUAUAUUUGUAAAGGAAAACGAGUUGUAAGACUGAAACAGGUCCCAUUUUCACGGUCCUCGCUGAAUCAUGAUGAUGUUUUUAUUCUUGACUCGAAAGACAAGAUAUAUCAGUUCAAUGGUGCAAAUUCCAAUAUUCAGGAAAGGGCCAAAGCAUUAGAAGUAAUUCAAUUUUUGAAGGAAAAGUAUCAUGAGGGGACGUGUGAUGUCGCCAUUGUUGAUGAUGGAAAAUUGCAAGCUGAGACAGAUUCUGGUGAAUUUUGGGUCCUUUUUGGUGGGUUUGCUCCAAUUGCUAAGAAGGUUGCAACCGAAGACGACAUCAUUCCGGAGAAGACUCCUGCCCAACUCCAUAGCAUCAUUGAUGGUCAAGUUAAUAGCAUAGAUGGUGAACUUUCGAAGUCACUUCUGGAAAACAACAAAUGCUAUUUGUUGGAUUGUGGUGCUGAGGUGUUUGUUUGGGUUGGUCGAGUAACUCAAAUUGAUGAAAGGAAAGCUGCCAUUCAAGCUGCAGAGGAUUUUGUGACUAGCCAAAAUAGACCGAAGUCAACACAUAUAACUCGGCUUAUCCAAGGUUAUGAGACACAUUCAUUCAAGGCGAGUUUUGAUUCCUGGCCAUCAGGAUCAGCCCCUUCUGUUGCUGAGGAGGGAAGGGGAAAAGUAGCAGCCUUGCUAAAGCAGCAAGGUGGUGCCGUGAAAGGAACGGGCAAAAGUGCUCCUGUAAAUGAGGAAGUCCCUCCCUUGCUUGAAGGAGGUGGAAAGACAGAGGUUUGGUGCAUUAACAGUAGUGCCAAAACUUCAGUACCUAAGGAAGACGUUGGUAAAUUUUACAGCGGCGAUUGCUAUAUUGUGCUCUACACAUACCAUUCUCAUGAAAGAAAAGAAGAUUACUACCUAUGUUCUUGGAUCGGAAAAGACAGUAUUGAGGAGGACCGACAGAUGGCUGCUAAAUUGUCCACGACAAUGUAUAACUCACUAAAGGGGAAACCAGUGCAGGGUCGGAUAUUUCAAGGAAAAGAGCCUCCUCAGUUUGUCGCAAUCUUUCAGCCUAUGGUGAUUCUGAAGGGUGGAAUGAGCUCUGGUUACAAGAACUAUAUAGCUGACAAAGGUUUGAAUGAUGAAACAUACACUGCUGAUGGUGUUGCACUCAUACGCAUAUCUGGAACAUCUCCGCAUAACAAUAAAGCUGUUCAAGUGGAAGCUGUGGCAACAUCAUUGAAUUCAAAUGAAUGUUUUCUGCUGCAAUCUGGAUCUUCAAUUUUCAAUUGGCAUGGUACUCAAGGCACCUUUGAGCAGCAACAGCUAGCAGCCAAAAUUGCGGAAUUUCUGAAGCCUGGAUCAACAGUAAAACACUCUAAAGAAGGAACAGAAAGCUCAUCCUUUUGGUUUGCUCUCGGAGGAAAGCAAAGUUACACCAGUAAGAAGCUUCCUUCUGAUGCUGUCAGAGAUCCUCACUUGUUUACAUUCUCCUUUAAUAAAGGGAAGUUUGAGGUGGAAGAAAUAUACAACUUCUCUCAAGAUGACCUCUUGACAGAGGAUAUAUUGAUCCUCGAUACACAUGCUGAAGUGUUUGUCUGGGUUGGCCAUUCUGUGGACUCCAAAGAGAAGCAAAAUGCUUUUGAGAUUGGACAGAAAUAUGUCGAGAUGGCUGCUUCACUGGAGGGUUUACCCCCAUAUGUUCCAUUAUAUAAAGUGACGGAAGGAAACGAGCCAUGCUUCUUCACCACAUAUUUUUCAUGGGAUACCGCUAAAGCUAGUGCACAUGGAAACUCUUUCCAAAAGAAGGUCAUGCUACUCUUUGGUGGUCAUGGUGCAGAGGAGAGAUCCAAUGGUUCAAAUAAUGGGGGGCCAACUCAAAGAGCUUCAGCUUUAGCUGCUUUGAACUCUGCAUUCAGUUCAUCUUCAUCUCCAAAAGCUGGUUCUGCCCCAAGGUCGGGCGGAAAAGGUCAAGGGUCGCAGAGAGCAGCUGCAGUGGCGGCUUUAUCAAAUGUUCUGACUGCCGAAACAAAAUCGCGCGAAGUCUCUCCUGCUAGGCCAAGUAGAAGUCCACCUGCAGAAGCUAGCCCACCUGCUCAUGUGAAAUAUGAAGAUACUAUUGAGACCGAGGGCUCGAAAAACGAGACAGUUGUGCCAGCCCCAGAAACCGAUGGGGAGGAGUCAGGAUCAAAGCCAGAGAUUGACCAGGAUGAAAACGUCUCUGAUUCUAAUCUGAGUACAUUUAGCUAUGAUCAAUUGAAGGCCAAGUCUGAGAACCCUGUUACUGGGAUUGAUUUUAAACGAAGAGAGGCUUAUCUUUCUGAUGAAGAAUUCGAGUCUGUGAUGGGAAUGCCAAAAGACGCUUUCUAUAAGAUGCCGAAAUGGAAGCAGGAUAUGAUAAAAAAGAAAGCCGAUCUCUUCUAAAAAAAAAAGCCGAUUUGCAAACUGUGUUGUUUUCUCCCUUCACCUGCAAGUUUUUUUCGUUUGUUCCUCAUCAUAUCUAUAAUCCCAAUGCCGCCUACUUUUACGGGUCAUCUUGCUUGGAUCAAUUAUCUAUAAUUUUUUUCUUUUUUAUAUUCUGCCUUGAAGAGUGAUCGUUGUUUUUUGUCAGUCUCGUCUUCAACUACUUCUAUAUGUGCCCAUGAUCCCAGAUUUUAGUUUUAAGACAAGAUUAAAAAUUCUUUGAUUUCGGUUGUGGUCUGUAUCCCGGUUUGUUUAUUGCUGAAGUUCUCUCCCCUUUCUUUCUUCAUCCUUUUAAUCAUUUAUAUUAUUUUUAUUUUAUUUUUCGAGUUAGAAGGGUGUAUAUGUAUUGCAUUUGUACAUGCUAAGGAAUGUAAAUUAAGCUGUUUGUCUUCAGAUUCUAUGAAUAUCUAUACCUUUGGUUCUUGAUAUUGGUUUGAAUUA